AUGUUCCUCUUCGCCGCUUUGACCCUCCUGGCUACCCUGUGGUGCUUCCAGUUCUUCUGGAAGCGAAAGCGCCUCUACGAACUCUCCUGGAAGAUCCCCGGACCCAUGCACUUCCCGUUCAUCGGAAGCGCCUACAUGUUCCUCCACGGAGAUUCCUCAGAGAUCGCCAAGAGGUUCAUGCGACUGUUUGACGAGCACCCGGAGCUGUCGAAGUUCUGGAUGGGCCCGGAGCUGGUGUUUUUGGUCAGCAAACCGGAGUACUUGGAGGUGAUACUAAAUAGUCCGGGUACUUUUGAGAAGAUCGAGUUGUAUAAGUACACGAAGCCGAUUCUGGGGGAUGGGAUGAUUUCGGCUCCGGUGAAAGUGUGGAAGAGACAUCGGAAGAUUCUCGCGCCGGCUUUAAAUCAAAAAAUUUUGAAUGAGUACCCGGAGAUUAUUUGUCAGCAGUGUAAUACUUUGAUUGAGAUUUUGCAGACGAAGGUUGGGGGUGAGGAGAUUGACCAUUGUCGGUAUGUGACGAACUGUGCCAUAGAUAUAGUUGGGGAAACUAUUUUCGGACUACCAAUUAGUGCACAAGUUAAUGAUGCCAAUUAUAGUCAUUUGAUUGACAGAUUAGUGGAAAUAGUGUUUGUGAAAGCCUUCCGGUUAUCCUAUCAUUUUGACUUUAUUUUUCGGUGGACCCAAGACUAUAAAGACCAAGAAGAACUCGUUAACAAGAUUAAGAAAGUCAGUCGGGGGUUAAUCGAGAAGAAAAAGGAGCAACUGGGGGCUCAACUUGAAACCGAAGAAAACAAGAAAAAGCCUCUGCUGGACCUCCUCGUGGAAAAAUACUUGACUAAAGAAUUCACGGAAGAGGAAGUCGAAGACGAAGUGAACACUUUCUUGCUUGCUGGUACCGACACCAACGCUACCUCCAUCUCCUUCGCCUUAACCCUUCUAGGGAUGCAUCCAAUCAUCCAAUACCACCUCUACAAAGAAGUCAUGGAAGUCCUAGGUCCCGAUCGUACCAUCACCCUCGAGGACUUACCUAAACUCAAAUACACAGAGCGCGUCAUUAAAGAAACCCUUCGUAUAUUCCCGGGAGCCCCUUUCAUCGGACGAGUCGUCGAAGAGGACAUCAUCUUACCCGACUUAGUUAUCCCAAAAGGGUCCAACCUGGCAAUCGGGUACUUACACCUGCAUCGCAGUCCCAAGUACUGGGACGACCCUUUGAAGUUCGACCCCGACAGGUUUUUACCAGAGAGGUCCCUAAACAGGCACCCAUACACAUGGCUGCCUUUUUCAGGAGGACCACGGAACUGUGUAGGAAUGAAAUAUGGUAUGAUGGUAGUGAAAAUCGUCGUGGCCAUGGUCAUCAGGAAGUUCAAGGUUACGAGUUCCAUUAAGGCGAUUGAAGACAUUGAACUGACAACUAAUAUAGUCUUGAAGCCGAAAAAUGGAUUCAAGUUGGCGUUUGAGCUUAGAUAA